UAGACUCUUCCACUGUCGCUUGUCCGUAUAGCGGCAUGAUAUAAACACAGUGAAUCCCAACCCUGUUCCUGGAGAUCAACCAUAACUGUUGCUUUUCAUUUCAAUCCUAAUUCGCCACACCUGAUUGUACUAAUUAGCAGCUCAACGGGAUGUCAAGCUGUUGAAUGAGGCGAGCUUUGUUAGGGUUGAAGUGAAAAUAUUCAGGACGGUUUACCUCCAGGAACACGGACGGUGUUCAUGUGUGGCCAUGUCAGGAAUCGCUCUCAGUAGACUGUCGCAAGAGCGCAAAGCCUGGAGAAAAGACCACCCAUUUGGUUUUGUUGCUGUUCCCACCAAGAACCCUGAUGGCACUCUCAACCUCAUGAACUGGGAAUGUGCUAUUCCAGGGAAAAAGGGGACCCUUUGGGAAGGAGGCCAGUAUAAACUGAGGAUGCUGUUUAAAGAUGACUACCCAUCCUCUCCUCCAAAAUGCAAGUUUGAACCACCCAUCUUUCACCCAAAUGUCUACCCAUCUGGCACCGUCUGUCUGUCCAUCCUGGAGGAAGAUAAGGACUGGAGGCCGGCCAUCACCAUCAAGCAGAUCUUGUUGGGUAUCCAGGAGCUUCUUAAUGAACCCAACAUACAGGAUCCUGCCCAAGCAGAAGCUUACACAAUAUACUGUCAAAACAGAAUGGACUACGAGAAGAGGGUGAGGGCACAAGCCAAAAAGUUUGCCCCUACAUAGGGCUGUGUGACCUCUGACCUUUGAGUUCAAACUACAGUACUGGAAAAGCCCUUGACAGACAAGGAGACAAGUGCAACUGAAGACUGAAAGACGAAGGAACAUUGUGGAAGGGGGACAGCACAGGGCACAUGUACAUGUGUAUAUAUAUAUAUAAAUAUGGAGAGUUAUAGACAUUUUAUUUUAUUGUUUUAGCAAUUUAAUGUGUCUUCAUAAUUAUAAAAUUGUGUGAAUUCUAAAAUUAAAGACUAUUAAAAAAUA